AUGCUUUUCAUCAUCUUCUAUUUCUUCUUCCUACUCCUUCCUUCAUGCAGUUCUCGGGAAGAAAUCAACAUCAAUACAUACCCAUUACCCAAUCGCACCCCUGCUACAUCACCAAUUAAUAUAGUCGCCCAUACUUCGGCAGCAGAGGAGGUGCUAUCGUCCAUAGAGAUCAGAAGCAUGGCUCCGGCAGAGGAGACCAAUGCUACUAAACCCACAGGGGAGCUCAGACCGGACGAGAAAUUGAACUAUGAAGAAGAUGUUAAAUGCAGCGGAUCGAGCUCGACGACAGUUGGAAAGACCGCUUAUGAUACCGAUGAUAUCAGUCAAUCACAGGCCGCUGAGCUGCAGGACCUAGCCCGUCAACUCUCCAGAGCCUCUCGCCAGGGGGGUCUAGAUGUUGAGAACGAACCUCAGCAGGUUAUCAAUCCGUUCCUGGACUCGGAGUCGGAUCCUGAGCUUAAUCCGGAUAGCAAGAGUUUCAAUGUAGCCAAAUGGCUCAAGACUAUCCUCCAGAUUACGUCAAGGGACCCGGAGAGAUUUCCCAAGCGUACUGCGGGUGUGUCGUUCCGGAAUAUGAACGUCCAUGGGUACGGAACUGCUGCCGAUUAUCAGAGUGAUGUUGGGAAUCUUCCGCUUAAGGCAUGGAGCGGUAUCAUGAGUAUGCUUGGGCUGCGGAAGAAGGUCCGUAUAGAUAUUCUGAGAGACUUUGAAGGUCUUGUCAAGAGUGGUGAGAUGCUUGUAGUCUUAGGACGCCCUGGAAGUGGUUGUUCAACCCUUCUUCGGACACUAUCGGGUGAGACUCACGGUCUCUACCUUGACGAAGGCAACGAUAUCCAGUAUCAGGGUAUCUCCUGGGAGCAAAUGCACAAGAACUUCAGGGGAGAAGUCAUCUAUCAGGCUGAAACUGAAACUCAUUUCCCCCAGAUGACCGUUGGAGAUACCCUUUACUUCGCUGCUCGUGCCAGAGCUCCAGCAAACAGACUGCCAGGUGUCUCCCGAGAGCAAUAUGCCAUCCAUAUGCGCAGUAUGGUCAUGUCAAUGCUUAGUCUGUCGCAUACCAUCAAUACCCAGGUUGGCAACGAGUAUAUCCGUGGUGUAUCUGGAGGUGAGAGGAAGCGAAUAAGUAUUGCAGAGACCACCCUUAGCGGAAGCCCUCUACAGUGCUGGGACAACAGCACCAGAGGCCUUGACAGUGCCAAUGCCCUUGAAUUUGUCAAGUCGCUCCGCCUGUCUACCAAAUACUCCGGAACGACUGCCAUCGUUGCCAUUUACCAGGCCGGUCAAGCAAUCUAUGAUAUCUUCGACAAAGCGGUUGUUCUAUACGAGGGGCAUCAGAUCUACUUUGGAAACGCUGUCCGAGCAAAAGAAUACUUCAUCGAGAUGGGCUUUGACUGUCCUAGCAGACAGACCACUGCUGACUUCUUGACGUCAGUCACCAGUCCGUCCGAACGGAGAGUCAGGCCUGGCUACGAGUCUCGUGUACCCCAGACACCAGCUGAGUUUGCUCAGCGAUGGAAAGAAAGUGAGGACAGACGAAUUCUCAUGCAGGAGAUUGAUGAAUACAACAAGGCCUACCCGCUACAUGGAGAACAGCUACAGAAAUUCCAAGCCUCUCGGUCAGCUGAAAAGUCCAGGUCAACCAGCAAGUCCUCGCCAUAUACCCUCUCUUACCCCAUGGAGAUCAAACUUUGCAUGUGGCGUGGAUUCCAGAGACUGAAGGGAGACAUGUCCAUGACUCUUACCUCCAUUAUUGGAAACAUCGCCAUGUCCCUGAUCAUUGCCAGUGUGUUCUAUAACCAGCAAGAAACCACUGACAGCUUCUUCUCCCGUGGCUCUCUCCUUUUCUUUGCCAUUCUCAUGAACGCCUUUGCUAGUUCCCUGGAAAUUUUGACCCUCUGGCAUCAACGGCCCAUCGUGGAAAAACACGAUAAAUACGCUCUAUAUCAUCCAUCCUCCGAAGCCAUCAGUUCUAUACUCGUCGAUAUGCCUGCAAAAUUGGCCGUGGCCAUCGUGUUCAAUCUGAUCAUAUAUUUCAUGACCAACCUCAGGAGAACUCCCGGUCACUUCUUUAUCUUCUUCCUCUUCUCCUUCACCACGACCCUGACCAUGUCUAACGUUUUCCGUUCCAUUGCUGCCGUGUCUCGUACUUUAUCCCAAGCUUUGGUUCCUACCUCAAUCUUUAUGCUUGCCUUGGUUAUCUACACUGGUUUUACCAUUCCAGUUCGUGAUAUGCGACCCUGGUUCAAGUGGAUCAGUUACAUCAACCCCAUCCAGUAUGCGUUUGAGUCUCUCAUGAUCAACGAGUUCCAUGACCGAGAGUUUAAAUGUGCUGCCUAUAUACCCAGUGGUCCCGGAUACUCCAAUGCCUCGGGAACAUCCAAAAUCUGCGCAGCCAAGGGAGCAAUGGCUGGAAAUCCAACCGUCAGCGGUGAUGUCUUCCUCCGGGAAACGUAUUCUUACUACGCUUCUCACAUGUGGAGGAAUUACGGCAUCAUAAUUGCUUUCUUCGUUUUCUUCCUUUUCGUCUACAUCACGGCCACGGAACUCGUAUCUGCUAAGCCUUCAAAGGGAGAGAUUCUCGUCUUCCCCAAGGGGAAAGUUCCGGCAUUUUUAAAGCAGUCUAAGAAAAAGCAAGACCCUGAAGCCGCAUCCACACAAGAAAAGCAGCCAGUAGAAAAUUCUGGCCAUAACCAAACUGCUGCCAUUGUGAAGCAAACAUCUGUAUUCCAUUGGGAAAGUGUGUGCUACGAUAUCAAGAUCAAAAAGGAGACCAGACGUAUCCUGGACAAUGUCGAUGGAUGGGUCAAGCCUGGUACUCUUACUGCCUUGAUGGGUGUGUCUGGAGCCGGAAAAACGACUCUCUUGGACGUCCUUGCAAACCGUGUUACCAUGGGUGUUGUCACUGGUGAAAUGCUUGUUGACGGUCGUCUCCGUGAUGAUUCCUUCCAGCGUAAGACUGGAUAUGUUCAGCAACAGGAUCUCCAUCUGGAAAUCAGCACUGUUAGAGAAGCAUUAACAUUCAGCGCCUUGCUCCGUCAACCUAACACUACCCCAUAUGAGGAGAAGGUUGCCUACGUCGAGGAAGUUAUCAAGAUGUUGGGAAUGGAAGAAUACGCCAAUGCCGUCGUCGGUGUCCUAGGCGAGGGUCUAAAUGUUGAACAGCGCAAGCGCCUUACCAUCGGUGUUGAAAUUGCGGCUAAGCCUGACCUCUUGCUCUUCUUCGAUGAACCUACAUCUGGACUUGACAGUCAAACGGCCUGGUCAAUCUGUACCCUGAUGAGAAAGCUUGCGGACCACGGACAAGCCGUCUUGUGUACUAUUCAUCAGCCCUCUGCUAUGUUGAUGCAGGAGUUCGAUCGACUCCUGUUCUUGGCUUCUGGCGGACGAACAGUUUACUUCGGUGAACUAGGAAAACAUAUGUCUACUCUCAUUGAAUACUUCGAGAAUUGGCCGGCCGUUUGGAGGGACAGCGCAGAGCGUGUCGAAGUUCGUCGUCAUCUUGCAGAGCUAAAGUCAGAGCUCUCACAGAAGCCCCAAACUCCUCGGUUGGCUGGGUACGGUGAAUUUGCUAUGCCCUUGUGGAAGCAAUAUCUCAUUGUCCAGCACCGUAUGUUCCAGCAGUACUGGCGUAGUCCUGACUACAUCUACUCGAAAGCCUGUCUUGCCAUUGUUCCGACUCUAUUCAUUGGUUUUACCUUCUACAAGGAACAAGUCAGCUUGCAAGGUAUCCAGAACCAAAUGUUCGCCAUUUUCAUGUUCAUGAUUCUCUUCCCCAAUCUUGUACAGCAAAUGAUGCCCUACUUCGUCAUCCAACGAUCUCUUUACGAAGUCCGUGAACGACCCUCAAAAACAUACUCCUGGAUAGCAUUUAUGAUAUCAUCAGUCGUUGUUGAAAUACCCUGGAAUGCCCUCCUGACUGUCCCCGCCUUUUUCUGCUGGUACUACCCAAUUGGCUUCUAUAAGAACGCAAUCCCAACCGACGCCGUGACUGAACGAAGUGGCACCAUGUUCUUGCUUAUCCUGAUCUUCCUAAUGUUCAGUUCGACAUUCAGUUCCAUGGUUAUUGCCGGUAUAGAGCAAGCGGAAACAGGUGGAAACAUCGCCCAACUUUGCUUCUCCCUCACCCUCGUUUUCUGCGGUGUCCUCGUUAGUCCAACCGCCAUGCCCGGAUUCUGGAUCUUCAUGUACCGCUUAUCUCCAUUCACAUAUUUCGUUUCAGCCGUAUUAUCCACUGGAGUCGGAAGAACAGAUAUUGUGUGCGCUGCCAACGAGAUUCUCCGUCUUACCCCAGCUGCAGGACAAACAUGCAUGGAAUACCUGGGUCCUUACACUAAAUUUGCUGGAGGCCGAAUUCUCACCCCUGAUGCCACCGACAUGUGCGAAUUCUGUGCUGUUGCCGAUACGGACACCUUCCUGAAAGGGGUUAACAUCAUCUUUGAUGAACGCUGGAGAAACAUCGGCAUCUUGUUCGGAUAUAUUGCCUUCAACAUGGUCGGUGCCAUCGGCUUGUAUUGGCUUCUCCGUGUCCCCAAGAGGAAAUCUGGGGUGAAGCAGGGACAACAGCCACAAAAGCAAGAAAGCGAGACAAAGGCAUAG